AUGCCCAAAGAAACCUCCAACAGUUUGUACCGGGCCCGUUUUGCUUGGACGGAUGAACAAGAUUCCGCCAAGGUGCUACAAAAUAUGCAAGUAACCGGAGGCAGGCGAAAGCGGGUAAAGAAGUGGUGUGCCAACAAUCAGCUGGGUAAAGAGAAACAGGCUGCUUACGCAAAGCCCCCCCGAGAACUUUCUGUGCAUUUGAUUCAAGGUGAAUGGCGUGAAUGGCUGGCAAAAUUACCUAAAUGUACGUGA